UAAACUAAUAAACAACUCAAUUUAAAAUGGCGGCCGUAAUUCGUAUAAAGCGGCGGUUAGAAGAUGAACCUUCAGAUACUUUAAUUUUAAAUUGUAAAAAACGUAAAACGGAAGCAGAUACACAAGACCAAGAUGCUGAACUAUCUACGAUUCUUAAGUUUGCUGGGACUGUUAAAAAUCAAGAAGAUACUUUGUCACAUAUUAAAAAGCCAACCAAAGUUGAGUUGGAGGAUCAGUUCAAGAAGCACAGUACAGAUCUGAGCUCAAAGUUGCGGUUGCAGAAGCAAGAAGACUCGAAAAAGAAUCGUUACAAAGUAGUGAACUGUUUUCGCUCUCAGUCUGCGAAUUUGGAGGAAACUAAUGAACCAAAAGCUGAAUAUACCAUUUAUGAUAUCGAGACUGAAAAUCAUGAUCAAAUAUCUAAAGACAGUGACCAAAAUUAUGUUUACGAUUUGUAUUACACAACGUCUGAUGAUCUCGGAGAGUUAGACGAUUAUGUUAGUAUGUACCCGUAUAAUGACGUGUUUAUGUAUGGUUCAGUGAGAGAUAACGGUUUGAAAGAAGCAGAUAGUGAUGAUGACAGUGAAGACUCAAAUGCUGAAAAUUUCUGGAAAAAUGAUUAUCCUGAUGAGUCUGAUAUGGAAAGUGUUACAGAAGAAGAUAUGUUACAAGCAAUGAAAAAAUGUGAUCUGAGUGAUCUCUCAAGUGACGAUGGGGAGGAAGGUUUUGUUUAUAGUAUAGACAGCGAAGGUGCAGGAUUUGAAGAAGAUGUAGAUGAUUCAGAUGUCCAAAGAUAUGGAGAAAGAUAUGCUAGAUUUAAAGCCAAACAUAAGAAAAACGUGCAAACAACUGCCUUAGAUCAUGAUCUGUAUUAUGGCGAUAUAGAUGAGGAAGAGUUUUAUUAUUAGUUUAGUGCAUUAAACUGUGUUAAUUUGUAUAAGUUUUGCAAUAAAAAUACUUACAAACUGA